UGACUUUUAGACGUAAAAGAUUUUUCACGCGAUGUCUUCAACCUUCAUUCGCACAGAAAAUUUGCAAGAGUUUUUAUUUGAUUUCCAAUUUUGAUAAAAAAUGUCUUAAUAUUUAGAUUUAGAAGCAUAUAAAGCAAAAAUUGAAGAUAACUUUCAUUUGAAAAAUUGUAUAUUCAGUGUCGUAAUUGUGAAUAUUUGCCAGCGUGUCUCGCCCGGAAAGUAGAAGCCAGAUUCAUCGUUAGUGGAAUUGGGAUCUACCAAUUAGUUUUAGGUAUAGUUUAAGACAUGGAAUUCCAGCAGCCUCCACCACUACCACAAACUGAUGUUUCCCAACCGCCACCUCAAUUGACAGCACCCUCGGCAUUAGCUACAAAUGCAACACUAUUGCCAUCUCAAUCUGGGGGCGCCAAUUCUUAUGGCUCACAUCACCGCAAUCACUAUCAUCCACAUCAUGGCGGUGCCGGCAAGCCGGGCCACCCAUAUUUUAAACCCUUCAAUCCCGGUGGUUUUCAGAGGCCAUUCGGCAUGACACAGGAUGAUUUUGAUGGCAAGCGUUUGCGAAAAAGUGUCAUGCGUAAAACGGUUGAUUACAACGCAUCUAUUGUAAAAGCAUUGGAGACACGUUUAUGGACACGUGAUCAACGAGAUCGACAUGCGCCACAACCCGAAAGUAUUUAUGUACCCGAACUUCUGCCACCGUCCAGUUACUUAGAUAACCCGUCGAAUGCAGUGACUACCCGCUUUGUAAAAACUGCCACAAAUAAAAUGCGUUGUCCUAUUUUUACACUCGCCUGGACACCAGAAGGCAGACGUUUGGUCACCGGUGCCAGCUCAGGUGAAUUCACUCUAUGGAAUGGAUUGACUUUCAAUUUUGAAACCAUAUUGCAGGCACAUGAUGUCCCCGUACGUACAAUGGUAUGGUCCCACAAUGACAGUUGGAUGGUGACUGGCGAUCACUCGGGCUAUGUCAAAUAUUGGCAAUCGAAUAUGAAUAACGUGAAAAUGUUUCAGGCACACAAGGAGGCGAUUAGGGGAAUAAGUUUCAGUCCGACGGAUAGUAAAUUUGUGAGCUGCAGCGACGAUGGCACAUUGCGUAUAUGGGAUUUUCUACGCUGUCAGGAGGAGCGCGUCCUAAGAGGACAUGGCGCCGACGUCAAAUGUGUGCAUUGGCAUCCACAAAAAGGACUGAUUGUGUCGGGCAGUAAAGAUAACCAGCAGCCCAUAAAGUUGUGGGAUCCAAAGAGCGGGAGCGCGCUGGCUACUCUUCAUGCGCAUAAGUCGACAGUGAUGGAUUUGAAAUGGAACGACAACGGUAACUGGCUGGUUACUGCGUCACGUGACCAUUUGCUCAAAUUGUUCGAUUUGCGCAAUUUGCGUGAAGAGAUGCAAGUAUUUCGCGGUCACAAAAAGGAGGCCAGCUCAGUGUCGUGGCAUCCCAUACACGAGGGCCUCUUCUGUUCGGGUGGCUCUGAUGGCUCGAUACUGUUUUGGAAUGUUGGCACCGAUAAGGAAAUUGGCUGUGUAGAAACGGCACAUGACAGCAUCGUCUGGACACUAGCUUGGCACCCGUUGGGCCAUAUACUUUGCUCAGGUUCAAAUGAUCACACUAUCAAGUUCUGGACACGUAAUCGACCCGGUGAUUUGAUGCGCGAUAAGUAUAAUUUGAAUACGCUGCCUGCGAGCUUAGCAGCGUUGGAUGACUGUGAAUAUGAUGACGCUGUCAUUCCUGGCAUGGGUCCUGAGGAUAAAGUCGAAUUUACCGAAAGUCUCACUGCCGAUAAGGGCUUCAUUCCUGGCCUGGAUUUGGAUCCGUCGCGCUCAGGUGACAAGGAUCGCGAGAAGAAAGUGCCCUACAGUAAGCCGAUACCACGUAACUUCCAAGCACAAUGGGCUGGCGCCCGUCGCUCUGAUGAAAGCAGCUUUCACGACGAGCUGUCCAUACGGGAAGCCAAAGACACUAGCGGCCUGUCGCACCAACAGAUUAGUGAGAGCACUAUUGAAGGAAUGUUGGCCAGUGGCGUGCUGACCACCAUGGAUCCGCAGGCCAUUGUCGGUCUACUCGUUUACAAUCGCUUCAUACGCGUUCAUCCCGAUUCGCGUGUAAUGGUUGCCAUACGGCAGGGGCCCGACUACUUGAAUAAGUACAUCGAUGCAGGUAAAUUGGACGAGUUGCGCGAUGUGGUGCCGAUUCGCGAUCGUUCACGUUCGUUGUCGCCUACAUUGGAGGGGCGUGAGAGCUCACCACCGUCGAAGCGCACACGCUUCGAACCGCGACAACAUAGCGCUCAACUGGUGUGCGUACGCGAGCUGCUAAGUCUUAAGAAACCGUUUUUGCCUUGCUUGCUGCAGUUGAAAUCCCAACAGGGGCCACAAAAGUCUGAGUUCUUGGAUGAUGCGCGCGAUUCACCUCAGCCUCAGUCACAGCAGCAGCAGCAACAAAACUUUCAGCAACAACAGCAUUAUCAACAGCAGCAGCAACAGCAAUCCCCAAUGCAGCAAACGCAACAGAACCGACCUAGUCCAUGGGCAGUGGGUCCGCCUUUCCAGCAGCAGCAGCAACAACAACAACCACCGAUGAAUCCUUGGAGCGCACCGCUCUUGGCUGGGGGCUCAAAUGGCGGUCCGAGCAUGGUGCCGCCGCCUAAUCAAAAUGGCUAUAAUGGCAACAAUGGACCCUAUAAUGGCCCAAGUUCGGGUUACAAUGAUGGCAUGAAUUAUGGCGACAAUAAUAUGUUCUCCAAAGGAGGUGGCGGCGGACCAGGUCCGGACGACAACAAUGGCGGCAUGCACAUGAAUAAUAUGAACAUGAAUAGCAACAACAACUACGGCAACAAUCAGCGACGCGGUAACCGUCGGGGCGGCGGCGCUGGUGGCGGCGGAGGUGGGCGUAACCGCGGUGGGCGGAACAAUAACCGACGGUUUUAGAAAAAAUAAAGAUAAACAGAAAAUGUGUAAACUAUUUCUGAAUUAUUAAGCGGAGGUGAGACAAAAAACAAAAUCAACUAAAGCUCACGCAGCGUUGGACGAUUUUUCUUAGACUCUAAGUCCACCUUAUGUAACAGUAGAACGAAUGAUAUGGCCGCCAAAAUCAACGGCUGACGGCCGGACAUGCUGCUAAAGGGACAGACAAACGUAGAAAAUCAAAUGUAGUUAAAAGUGUAAAAUUUUUCCGGCGCACUUGAUUCUUGGUUAGCAUCCGGUUGCAUAUAGUGUAGGUAUGUAUGUAGUUUUUAAAUGUUAAAUGGAUGUACACAUGCACGUACGUCUUCAUAUGCCAAUGCUACAUAAUAUUUAUAAUAUAAAAUAUAAAGAUAAUGUCAUCACUGGAGUACAUUUAAGAUUUUUCAUUAGUACGAGUAUAUUGAAAAAAAACAAAAAUAAAUAAAUAAAAAUAAAAGAAUCAUUCUGUGAUGUCUGCACAGAUUUUCAUAGACGCGUGUAUACUAAGAAGAGAAAAUAUGACCGCUUUAGUGGAAUGUAAUAAAUAUAUAACUUUGUAUGUAUGAGAAGAUAUGAAAGAAAAACUAAGCAAUCAUUGUUGUAAAUUAAUUUAUAGCAUAUUUUGGUGUCCUUUGAAAGCAUUCAAAUUAAAUUCUUAUUUACUUUCUUUUUGUCAACUAUUUCUCAAAGAAAUCAUUAAGAAAAUGUAUGUAUAAAUAGAUGAUAUGAAUAUGUGAACAAAGGAACAAAUGCGUAGCUGAGCCUUUUAUGUUUUGGGAUUGAAAUUGAUUGUGGGAAAUGAGUUGAAUGAUUGUUUUUUACACUUAAAUAUUUAAUAAAUUAUUUGCCGGUCAAGCAUGCACAAAUGUA